GCUGUCAUCGACUUCAAAGCGCGGUGUCAGACUUGCGCUACUCGCUGCUUGACUACCCAACCACCAGCAGCACUACCUACCACUCACUCGCGUGGUUGAAGGUGUGUGUGUGUGUGUGUGUCUGUGUGUGUGUGUGCGUUGAGCAAGCCCAACCGUGAGAUGAAAACAUUUCUUCUCUGAAAAGUUGUCGCCGAUGAGACGGAGGCAGCGGCGCGGGAAGGUUGUGAGAGAGCCAGCUCUUGAUGGAAUUGUCUUUGGUCAGCGUUCACGCGCCGUCCGAUCCAUGCCACAGUGGGUGACGUUCACUGAUUGAACACGGCUGUUGCCGCUCCUCCAUCCUUCCAUCCAUCCAUCCUCCCCGCCACCUGUCGCAGAACUCCUGAACCUGGAAUCCAACCCGAACGGGCCAUGUCGUUUCUGAGCGGCGGCGGCGGCGGCCUCGAGUCGGAGCUGCGUUGCUGCGUGUGUCUCCACGUGUUCACGGAGCCAGUCACCUUGCCAUGCGGGCACACCUUCUGCCUGGACUGCGUGGAGGGCUGUUGGGCAGCCACCAUCACCCCCUCCUCCUCCUCCUUGCCGGGCGGCACUCCGCGACUCGGCCGCUGGCUGCGGCACGCCGGACGCGGCGCGCACAUGUCGUGCCCGCAGUGCCGGGCCGAGUUCCCCGUGAAGCCCCCGCUGCGUAAAAACGUGCUCGUGUCGCGCCUCGUGGAGCACCUGGAGGCGGCUCCGUACCAGAAGAUCGGGCAGUGCGACACGUGGCCCGGCGGCACCACGGAGGACGCGACGGCGACGGGAGGUCGCGGCGCCGGAGGCGGCGGAGGUGGCGGCGGUGGCCCCAGGCGAUGCUCCCUGCACGGGAAGAAGCUGCGUCUCUUCUGCAGAGACGACCGCGCCUGCGUGUGCACGGCGUGCGCCAUCGUGGGCGCGCACUCGAGGCAUCACGUCACGGACGUGCGCCAGGAGUUCGCUCACCUCGUCGAUUUCUACAAAGAGAAGUUGAAGAGGCUGAGAGCGAGACGCGGAGAGACAGAGGACGCGAUCCGGCGCACCCGGGAGCUCUUCACCGUGGUGGAGCAGGCGAGCGGUGCCCUGCAGGCGGGCUGCCGGAGGGCCUUCUCGCGCAUGAGGCGUCUCCUGGCGGCGGACGAGGCUGCGGCUCUGCGCUUCUUCCGCGGCGAGGAGAAGCGCGCGCUGGGCGGGGUGCGCCGAGCCGAGUGGCGCCUCCGGGCGCAGGCGGACGCCCUGGACAAGGCCCAGCUGGAGGUGUCCAGGCUGCUCCAAAUCGCCGACCCCUUUGAAUUUGUGCAGGUUCACAGCUGCAGCGUAGAAAGGGUGGACGCGGCGCUGGGAGCUCCGCUGGAAGUGGACGCUGGGGAGGCGCGCUUCAACAAGGUCAAGGUGCGCAUCGUGGCCGAGAGGAUCAGCACCUUCACGCGCCGGAUGGACGAGUGGCACGGCCUGCGGCCCGUCUUCAUGUAUGACAAAGACACGGAGCCGGAACCGGACUCGGCUUUCCGCGAGCCGUCCUCGCCGCCCGCCUUCCCUUCCUCGCCGGGGCCCCCGAAAGAUCUCGCCGUGCAACGGCACGACUCCGACCCCGACCCCGACCUGGAGGCGGACUUCGCGGGGCCGUCCCGGAGCGCCUCCCCGCGCCGGGUCCUCGCCGCGGCGCCGCCGUCGCCGUUCCACGGCGGCCGCGUGGCGAGCGCCCUGCGCGGGGUCCGCUCUGGGCGCCACUACGUGGAGGUGGAGGCGUGCGUGCGCUCGUCUUGCCGCGUGUGCGUGCACACGGGCGAGGGCCCCGCGGAGCGACGGGAGGGGGCUCCGCAGAGUCCACUCGGCCCGGCGGAGCCCCUUGCCGGGGCGGGGGUCUGCUGCCUCUUGCUGUGGGACGAGACGCAGUUCCUCACGGGCGAUCAGCGGCGCCGGCGGCAGCAGCAGCAGCAGCCGCAGCCACCCCAGCAGAAUCAGCAACAGCAGCAACAGCAGCAGAAUCAGCAGCAACAGCAGCAGCAGUUGGUAGAGGCUGAACCACUGGGACCUUCGGGCCUUCUCACCAUCGGGGUGUAUUUGGACUACGAGGGCGGCACCGUGGCCUUCUACAACGGGUACACGAUGGCGAGCCUCUACACGCACCACGCUGUCUUCACGCAGCCUGUCAACAUCACAUUCUCCGCCGGCGAAGAUGCGUCUUUUGCCAUCGUCUAGCGUAGGUGAGAGGUGAGAGGUCUCGGGCUCAGGGUUCCAGUGCUUCCUGGUCCAUCUUUCCUAGAUUUGAAACACAGCGAUGGAUGGGCUGGGUGGGAGAAAAUGGAAAGGUCGUGGGAGAAACGGGAGGAUGGACAAAGAUGGAUUGGAAUAUUUGAAUGAAGCGUACAGUUGCUAAAUCGAGCUACAUGCAGUCGAUAUCAAGCGGCGAUGAUGAAGUUCAAGUGAGUGAAGUUGCAAAGGGAAGAAGCUGAAGACGGAAUUAGGUCCCCUAAAAUGGGCAAAUGAGCAGGAAUUGACGUUCCAUGAUAAUUAUUUCAACAGGGAGGAGAAUGUAGCAGUGAUCUAUUCACAAACAUGGCUAAAACAAUUGAUGCAAUCAACAAUAAUACUACGAAAAACGAACACUUAAAGACGGCGGCAUAAUUAUGAGGAAAACGAGCCUCGUCAGCCACCCUCAGUCAAGCAUUAUUCCAAAGAACAUUGAACUAAAACCAACAGGGGAAGCUCUAAAUCAAGAAAUAUGAAGCAGGUUUGUGGAGAAGGGCAGAGCUCCGCAGAGCAGAUGUUUAAUCUCUGCACCGCGUGUGGAAAGAUCGCGCGGAGCCAGACACCGUGAUUCGAUCGCUUCGGAUCCUUUUGACAGAGUCUGCCAGAUAGCGCUGCGGAAUCAACACGGGGCAGCAAUAGCUCUUCUGAAAACAUCACCAGCACGGCAGAAGCCUCCUACUUGAAUGUUGUUUGUUGUUGUAACUCGCUAACCUCGUGUCCCUGCUGAGCAUCUGUGAAAAAGGAGGUUUCAUAGCUCAUCGGAUUCCUUCUCCUCCAGUCGAAAUCAAGAUUCUGAAUGUGAGGAGCGUGGCUGCUGGCCACGUGGUGUGCAGCGGCUCUUGGCAUGAGAUAGCGACGCCCACUGCCUCUCGCCGGAUCUUACUCGACCCCUAUCGAGCGCCCAUCGCGGCGAGGUACCGCGUGGCGAUCGGGGUACCGCAGCGGGGGCGACCUACGAAAGAUCCGGAGGAGCCGAAAUCAACGACUUGCGCCGCAACCCCUCGUCCGAGCACGAGACGGAGACCGGCGCAGUGUCGAGAGACGGCGGCGUGCAUGCGCCCGUGCGAUCGAGGUGCACGUGACACCAUGACACGAGCGGACCCCGACUCGGGACAUAAACGACAUCGUUGAAAUACCUCGCAUCAAAGGAUACGGCCGGUGGGAAGAUCUACUGGUUUUAGUUAACAUCGUGAGCCUGGAGAGAUGCAAACACCUCCAUCGUCACCGAAAUACAUCGUUCCGAGGGGGCCUCCUUCGUUAUCUCUUUCAUGCGUGGAUGUGAAUGGUGGUCAUCAACAUCAGACACGCAAAUUGAUAGAGGCGAUGGAAAGUCUUUUCUGUGCGGCCGCAUGUCCCCAUACAGGGAACUAUGAAAACAAAGAGGUACGAGUAAGGGAAAGCGAAGAGGUUGGCGAGCGUGAACGCCUGUUGUCUGUCAUUUAAAAAGUGAGAAAUCUGAAUUGGUGUGGGCUUACCACGACAUUUGUCAGAUCCCGACCAAGACCAUCGGAUAGGGGACGGCCGAUGGCAAAAGACAGCGAGACACGCCGGGUAAGAACUGGCUCGAUAACAUCGCGGCAUGGGGCGGCCGGCCUAACCCGCGAACAUCGAUUAAUCACUGCCAAGGACAGCACAGGAUGGGUGGAGAGAUAACGUCCGAUUAGCACGGUUGACUACGCACGGUGCGACGGAAGUUCAAUGCACGUACGCACAACAAAGUGAAAACGCCGCCAUCGCUCGGGUGACGGGAUAAGGAGAGAAGAGAACGCUGAUCGGACGCGGGCGAUGCUGCUCGUUUGGCCAGAGUGAAUGGAGGAUGCCAGAUUACAGUCAUGCAGUGAUGGCACAAGAACCACGUGGGUUAAGACUCUUAAGAAGAAGCUGCUAUUGUGUGCAAUGUCCAUAAUCUUCCAUCAUUAAGGCCGCAAUCACGACAACAUUUUGAUUGUGGUAAUUAGCGUCUUCAUUACGGUCCCGGCCUUCGUGAGCAUGAUCGCCAUCGUGUUCAUGUUGGUUGUCAUCGUUAUCACGGACAUCAUCGUCAUCAUCGUUAUCGUCAACAUACUUGCAACCAGGAUUACCAUCAUGCUUAUCGUCAAAGCGGUAAUAGUUAUAAUACUCAUCAUUCACUGUCAUCUCAAUCACUGUCAGCAUGAACAUCAUGGUCAUGAUCAGCGGAAUAAAAUCACCGCUGCAGAGGAGGCGUGGAAACGUCAUCGCCCGCCACCGUUUUGGCGCCCCCCCCCUCGACGUAGCGGAUCGAGGCCUCAAUUCGUAACCUUUGCUAUCCCAGAGGGCACUUUAACGCCCCUAAUAUGCGGGCUACAGCAAUGUCUGACGCGUGUGACAGGAUAAUUCGGGGUGAGAUGCGUGAUGCGUCAAAACAAUGGUGCUGCUUAAUCCCGCUGCUGACUUUGAGAAGCUCCAAACGUAACCUUCGCCGAAGGCUCGCCGUGACUUUAUCAACAUAACGGUGACCUCCCCCCCCCCCCCCCCCCUGGCUCAAGCCAUUCAUUCACCCGGGCCAUUUUCAUCGAGUCAAGAUUUUAAAGAUAUUUUUUUAAAAUGCACUUAAGGGAUGAAGAAACUUGGACUCCCCAUAGAAAAGCCAUAAGAGGGGGGGCAACACACUGAAUGUUCCACACAGAUGGAUUCAAUAAUCCACUAGACCUACUGCCGUAUUUGUGCCCAUCUCGCAGCCCAGUGACUUUUUGGUAACGAAAAAAGAAAAUCUUUUUGUUUAGACGGUGUGGCCACAUCAGGUUGUUGGGGAACUUUUUAGUGACGGUAUUUUAUUUUGUUUACACGAGAGGGUCAUUUAACAUUGCGGGCUCAAUGCCCUCUCCCCGUGCGUUCCUUCAAAGUGACGCAGAAGUGUUCAUUUGGCUUUUCCCAGGACGAUUUCUGACGAUUGAUGAUUUUUGUUAUUUUUUCCAUCUACGUGGCUUUAUCGAAAGACCCAAAGAAUAUGUUUCCCCAAGACGUCCCUCUGCCGACUUUUAGUGGCCACGGCCAUUGCGAGACUCGCGGUUAUCCCACGACUCUCACGGUUAUCCCACGACUCUCACUGUUAUCCCGUUAAACCCGCUCGGCUCGCAGUCCGCGUGACAAAGUAAACCGUAGCGUUGACGCGAAGUAAUUCAUUUUUUUUCUUUUUUACAACACGAUAGGAGACGAUCGUUUUUCACGACAUGACGAUUAUCGCGAUAUUACUUUCGCGUAGCUUUAUAAAAUUGUAUUUCACGUGUUUUAAUAGUGUUGUUUCUGUACUCUGCCAUCCUUACAGGAAUCCAAAAAAUAUUACUAUAUAUAUGUUCUGCAUUUCUCUCGACACGAGCCUGCAAUAUAUCUUGCAAUUAUUGCAAUUUUACAAUCCGUAGCGCUUAUAAAUGGACAAUGCUGCUACUGUUCACAUUUGGAAUAAUUAACUAAGUAACUAUGAAACUGAACAAGUGAAAUUCGCAACAUGCUAUCGACAACUCCAUGAACUUAUGCAAAACACUCAUAUCAUGGGCAAAAGCUCAUCAUUUGAAACUUCAAUUAUCGUGCUAAUUGGUUUGAUCAUAAAGGAGUAUAAAACGUCAAUUAAAAAUGUAAACAAGCGAUAAGAAAUUUUCCGCACCUCCGAUUAGCAAGGUUGGUUAUGUGCCGUGCGAAAGAAAUUUAAAGCACAGCAACAAUAAUAAUCGGCCCGUAACAUCAUUUUGCUAAGUGAACGUACGAUUGCUGGUGACCGAUUUAUCAAUUGGGAUUACGGAGCGAUCACUGUGCCCCUACUUUGGGCUAGAAAGUAGUCGUGAGACUAAGUCGAGGCUUUUCCUGGGUGAGCACGCGUGACGCUGGACAUCUGUGAGAAAGAGCUUUGUAGCUCAUCGUAUUCCUCCAAUAUAAAUAUUGUGAUUCUGGGAACAUUAUUGUCGUAUCCCGGGCAACGCAAGUCAAAUAUACACUCAAGGCACUGUACCUAUAACACAAAACGUGAGUUUACCAACACAAUUCAUAUUAUUGGUUCUUUCGGUAAAGUCACGUAGAAGGGAAAUAAUAAAAUAAUAAAAAUAAAACAAUUAAAUUCUCACGACGUUUUAUUUUUUAUUACUUUAUUAUUUCCCUUCUACGUGACUUUACCGAAAGAACCAAAAAUAUGACUCCCUGCAGUCACGAAAGCUUUACAUCGAAAAUUAAACACAAUUGUUUUUGUUCAUCAAUGUUGGCGAGUUUACAUUAUCUGGUUUUUCGCGCGGAAGUAAAUUGAAGGGAUUUAAGCGAGCGUCAACGUAACAUUGCAUUUGAUCGAACGAUCAUAAUAGUUGUUUGGGGGUUUGAUCACGUAAAUAUGUGUCGCUAAACCCGCCACCACCCGACACAGCCAACUAGUAAGGUUUGUCACGUAAACAGAACGUGCCAAUUCGUUACUAGUACAGCACACCGGUGUGUUUAAGAGCAAAUCCACAACAUUAACAAUCUGAGUACGACGUUUCGCCAAUAAUUACAACUAGCUUCAUCAGACGACAGCCUGAAUCAUGGUGGCGGGUUUAGCGACACAUUUAUGCAAUCUAACCAAAAAACACCUGGAUUUUGAAUAUUGGUCAAGAAAACCUAUGUGUUAAAACGUAGUUAUGUCUGUUCUUUUAAAAAUCGUACUUUGAGUUUCCCCAUCUCACAUGGAGGGCAAUCGGUUAACUUCUUAAAAUAGUGCAACAAAAAAUGAUAGUUCACAUUCAUUGCAGCAAAAAUACAUGUAUUAUAAUAGAUUAAUAUGAGAGUCUUUCCUUAACAACCCUUUGCAAAUUCACUGCGAGAUGAAGGCCUUUAGAACUGCUUUUUGUGUGGUUAGUUUGUUGUCCUUUCCCCCGCACCUCCGAUUAGCACGGUUGGCUACGUACGGCGCGAAAGAAGUUCAGCAUACAAUGUGUGCCGUGGGGGUUGUUUGACCAUACUUCUUGCUACUUAGUGUGGGUUGAUGAGCGGGCGUUGGGGGGGGGGGGCAGCGCUCUGGUUCGGAUCUCACUCGCGACCGAUGAUAGCUGUGGUCAGGAAUCAAUCUCGGCUGUUGGGGUUUUUAGGAUGCACAACGCGCUGCACCACGACCGCACACACAAAAUAAACAAGACGCGGUUUUUUUUUGCUCUUCCUUUUUGCACCUGGUGGGUUCAAUUAAGAUGUAUCUGUUCUAAGCUCGAAACAUUUCUUUUUCAGACAUUGAAAGGCAACGUCUAAUUUAGCUCUUGUUUGAGCAAAGCAAAGCGAGGCUUAACUUUUUCAUGGAAUACUUUUGCGAGGUUACAAACCACCCACCUACCUAUAUCAGGAGGUGAUGCGACGGGGGAAACAUGAAUAUGACGGAGGUUCGUGCACUCAUUGGUGACCAGUCAAAGCCACGUUUGAGAAGCCGGUUUAAUCACGGGCGGAUGAAAUACGGAUUUCAAAUCCAGCCUCUCUGCGUUGCCGGCUCAAUGCUACUAACACAGUAUUUUAGUGCCGAUUCACCCAAGCGUCCAGUGCCUUGUGUUUCUUUACGGUACUGCCUUCCAUUGUGCUGUUCCACGUCAGAAACAAAACGGCCUGAAAGGUUAAAAGCAACACUGACCCAUGGAGAGGGUUACUAUACACUGUUUGGGAAGUGCAGCAUUCUAGCCAAGCGAAUCUUAGCCAUCCCAAACUAGUCACCCCGUGCAAGCCCUCCCGCUGAACCAACCAACUCGCCACGAGGACUAUGCUGAUGCAAUUGACCUUCACGCUGACUAGCUAGCCACCAGUACUAGCCACUAGUACUCGCCCUUUCACUCACCCUAACCAACUAGCCACCAGUACUAGCCACUAGUACUCGCCCUUUCACUCACCCUAACCAACUAGCCACCAGUACUAGCCACUAGUACUCGCCCUUUCACUCACCCUAACCAACUAGCCACCAGUACUAGCUAUUAGUACUAGCCAUUUCACUCACCCUAACCAACUAGCCACCAGUACUAGCCACUAGUACUCGCCCUUUCACUCACCCAAACCAACUAGCCACCAGUACUAGCCACUAGUACUCGCCCUUUCACUCACCCUAACCAACUAGCCACCAGUACUAGCCACUAGUACUCGCCCUUUCACUCACCCUAACCAACUAGCCACCAGUACUAGCCACUAGUACUCGCCCUUUCACUCACCCUAACCAACUAGCCACCAGUACUAGCCACUAGUACUCGCCCUUUCACUCACCCUAACCAACUAGCCACCAGUACUAGCUAUUAGUACUAGCCAUUUCACUCACCCUAACCAGCUAACCACCAGUACUAGCCACUAGUACUCGCCCUUUCACUCACCCUAACCAACUAGCCACCAGUACUAGCCACUAGUACUCGCCCUUUCACUCACCCUAACCAACUAGCCACCGGUACUAGCCACUAGUACUCGCCCUUUCACUCACCCUAACCAACUAGCCACCAGUACUAGCCACUAGUACUCGCCCUUUCACUCACCCUAACCAACUAGCCACCAGUACUAGCUAUUAGUACUAGCCAUUUCACUCACCCUAACCAGCUAACCACCAGUACUAGCCACUAGUACUCGCCCUUUCACUCACCCUAACCAACUAGCCACCAGUACUAGCCAUUAGUACUCGCCCUUUCACUCACCCUAACCAACUAGCCACCGGUACUAGCGACUAGUACUCGCCCUUUCACUCACCCUAACCAACUAGCCACCAGUACUAGCCACUAGUACUCGCCCUUUCACUCACCCUAACCAACUAGCCACCAGUACUAGCCACUAGUACUCGCCCUUUCACUCACCCUAACCAACUAGCCACCAGUACUAGCCACUAGUACUCGACCUUUCACUCACCCUAACCAACUAGCCACCGGUACUAGCUAUUAGUACUCGCCCUUUCACUCACCCUAACCAACUAGCCACCGGUACUAGCUAUUAGUACUCGCCCUUUCACUCACCCUAACCAACUAGCCACCGGUACUAGCUAUUAGUACUAGCCAUUUCACUAACCAUAACCAACUAAGCCACCUGUACUCGCUCUUUCACUGACCAUAACCAACUAGCCACUAGCCAUUUCACUGACCCUAACCAACUAGACAUUAGUACUAGCUCUUCCACCGACCCAAACUCGAGCCAACUAGCCACUAGUUCUAUCCCUCUCACCGACCCCAGCACUAUGCAACUCACCACGAGUACUGUAAUAACCAUGACCCUUACCCCCCCCCUCCCCUAAUCUUAUCUCUGGCACUUUGUCAAGAUCCCUUUCACAGUUUCUGUUCUCUUUUCAGUCUUGGCUCGAUGGGCCUUACCCCGAAUAAACUGACCAACUGAGGUGGACUUAU